AUGUCUGCUAUCAUUACUCAGGAGGAGACAAGUCUGCUGGUGGCUGGCAUUGGAUCCUCUCCGGGCCGGAAGGGGGUCAGCCCGCCAGUCGUGAAUCAAACAGGCCAGACCAGUUGCUACCCUCUAUCAAUCAAUCAAUCAACCUCAACUGAAGAUUUCAACACAUCUACUCCCUUGGCUAUUGACGGAGCAUUGGCAAAGGCUCCCGGCCGUUAUGCAUCGAAAUGGAUUAGUUAUACGUCCAUCCAUAUAGCCAUAUCAGACCAACCACCCGGUCCUAUCAUCAAGGGCUGA